GGCAGGCAGACACUUCUCAUCUGUGAUCUGCUGCAGACAGAGAAAGUUGGAUUUGAUCAGAGAUACAUAGUGCAAGACUGGCAGGCUAUUAAACACAGAGAGAUACAGGAGAGGAAGAGGAGAUAGUAAAGAAGGGAAGAGGAGGGGGGGGGAAUGUGUCCAGAGCUGUAAAGUGUUGAGAGGGAAGGCAGCAGAGGAGUGUGGGCUGGGUUACACUGGUACUUAAAAGACGGUCACUUUGCCUCCUGUGCAUUUCACCAGCAGGCAGGCUUGGAGGGCUGAGAGGGGGAGACUUGAAGAAGCGCAUGAGACAACAGCUCCAGGGGAAAGGUGCACUCUCACUUCAUCGGAGCAAGUGUAUUUUUAGCUUCUAACUAUUCCUCUUUUAAAGGGUUUUUCUUGCACUCUGUCUGUGGUGGAAGCUCACCAUGGGCACCGGCUUGCACACGUAUGUGUGGACUGCGGUUCUGCUUGUGCCAGUGUUUGGACUCUCUGUGGCUCUGCCGGAAAGCUGGAUACCAGGGAACUACGAAAACACCAAAGAGAGUGCGUUAAAGUUCCUGAGCGACUACAACACCACUGCAGAGCAGGUGUUAUUCCUCAGUGUGUCUGCCAGCUGGAACUACAACACCAACAUCACCGACCACAACUCACAGCUUCAGGUUCAAGCAUCCCUUGAUGAGCAGGCCUUCUCCUCAGCAUGGGGUGAAAAGGCCAAGGUCUUCACUGAGCCCAUUCUGAACACUCUCACUCCUAGUGACAAGAAACUGAUAGAGAAGAUUAAGAUCCUGGGUGCUGCCAAUCUUCCCCAGAAUGAGAGAGAGGAGUAUAACACCAUUCUCAGCACCAUGGACAACAUUUAUUCCACUGCCAAGGUGCAUCCACAGCCAAACGUUAGCUGGAGCCUGGAACCUCAUCUCACAGAAAUCAUGGCUAACUCCAGGAGCUACAAGAGGCUGCUGUACGCGUGGGAGGGCUGGCACAAUGCGUCAGGUGUUCCUCUGAAGAAGUAUUACCCAAAGUUUGUGCAGCUCAGCAACAAAGCAUCUCAAGCUGAUGGAUUUGCAGACACGGGAGCUGACUGGCGCUCUUGGUAUGAGACUGAGACCUUCGAGCAGGAUUUAGAGGGACUCUACAGAACCAUUGAACCGCUCUACCAGAACCUGCACGCCUUUGUGCGCCGCCAGCUCUACAACCAGUACGGCCCAAAAUACAUCAACCUUAAAGGACCUAUUCCAGCUCACCUGCUAGGAAAUAUGUGGGCCCAGACCUGGAACAAUAUUUAUGGUAUGAUGAUCCCAUUUCCCGACAAACCUAACAUAGACGUGACGGAUGAAAUGGUCAAACAAGGCUAUGAUGCCAACCGCAUGUUUCGUGUGGCCGAGGAGUUCUUCACCUCUUUGGGUUUGAAGGAGAUGCCUGAGGAGUUCUGGAACAACUCCAUGUUGGUGAAACCUGAAGGUCGAGAGGUUGUGUGUCACGCGUCUGCCUGGGACUUUUACAACCGCAAAGACUUCAGGAUCAAGCAGUGCACCACAGUGACGAUGGAGCAGCUCUUCACCGUGCACCAUGAGAUGGGUCACGUCGAGUAUUACCUGCAGUAUAAAGACCAGCCCGUGGGCUACCGUCGCGGAGCUAACCCCGGUUUCCAUGAAGCUAUUGGCGAUGUUUUGUCUCUGUCUGUUUCCACACCAAAACAUCUGAACACCAUUAAUCUGCUGAAAAACGUGACCUCUGACAUCGAAACUGACACCAACUACCUGUUAAAGAUGGCUCUGGAAAAGAUAGCCUUCCUUCCCUUUGGUUACCUGAUUGAUCAGUGGAGAUGGGGUGUGUUCAGUGGACGAACACCUCCAGAGCGCUACAACGCAGACUGGUGGUACCUCAGGACAAAAUAUCAAGGCAUCAGCGCACCCACCAGGCGUUCAGAGGAGCACUUUGAUGCUGGGGCAAAAUACCACAUCCCUGGAAACACACCUUACAUCAGGUAUUUCGUCAGCUUCAUCCUGCAAUUCCAGCUUCACGAAAAACUGUGCGAGGCAGCCAAUCACACCGGUCCUCUGCACACAUGUGACAUCUACCGAUCUGCAGAAGCAGGGGCCAUUUUGGAGAAAAUCCUCCAGUCCGGCUCCUCCAAACCUUGGCCUGAAGUGCUCAAUGACACCAUUGGCACCAACAAGUUGGACGCCAACUCACUGAUGAAAUACUUUGACCCAAUCAUCCAGUGGCUGGUGAAGCAAAAUGUGAAGGAGACCUUGGGAUGGCCUGACUUUAACUGGGUACCACCCAUCCCUGAGGGCUACCCUGAGGAUAUCGACAAGAAUACAGAUGAGCUUGAUGCAAAGGCAUUUCUGAACGAGUUCAACAGCACGGCUGAGGUUGUGUGGAACGCCUACACUGAGGCUUCCUGGAAGUACAACACGGACAUAAACGAGGCCAAUAAGCAGGCCAUGCUCGAGAAGAACCUAGAGAUGUCAACUCACACCCUGAAGUACGGACAGAGGGCCCGUCAGUACGACACCACUGACUUCCAGGACAACUCGGUCAAACGCAUCGUCAAGAAACUCAGCGACAUCGAGAGGGCCGCACUGCCCUCUGCACAACUGGAAGAGUACAACAAUCUUCUAUCCAACAUGGAGACCAAGUACAGUGUGGCUGUGGUCUGCAGAGAAAAUGGGACGUGCCAUCCACUGGAUCCAGAUCUCCAGAAGAUCAUGGCAGAGUCCAGGGAUUACGAUGAAUUGUUGUUUGCCUGGAAAGGAUGGAGAGAUGCUGCCGGCAAAGUUCUGCGCCAGGAUUACAAGAGAUAUGUUGAACUGGCCAACAAAGCUGCCACCCUCAACGGUCACACUGAUAAUGGGGCUUUCUGGCGCUCCCUGUAUGAGACUCCAACCUUCGAGGAGGACCUGGAGACUCUGUGGAAGGAGCUGGAGCCUCUCUAUCUGAAUGUGCAUGCCUAUGUCCGCAGGGCUCUGUACAAAAAGUACGGCUCCAAGUAUAUCAACUUGAAGGGACCCAUCCCUGCUCAUCUGCUCGGAAACAUGUGGGCACAGACGUGGUCUGGCAUAAUGGAUCUGGCCAUGCCCUACCCACAUGCUACGCAGGUUGAUGCCACUCCUGCCAUGGUAGCACAGGGCUGGAAUGCCACCAGAAUGUUCCAGGAAUCCGACAAUUUCUUCACCUCGCUGGGUCUGCUGCCGAUGCCAAAGGAGUUCUGGGACAAAUCCAUGCUGGAGAAGCCGUCUGACGGACGCCAGGUGGUGUGCCACGCGUCCGCAUGGGACUUCUACAACAGGAAGGACUUCAGGAUCAAACAGUGCACUGUGGUGACGAUGGAUGACCUGAUCACGGUGCACCACGAGAUGGGUCACGUCCAGUACUUCCUGCAGUACAAAGACCAGCCCGUGUCUUUCCGCGAUGGAGCAAACCCCGGCUUCCACGAGGCUAUCGGCGAUGUGCUCGCCCUGUCUGUGUCCACGCCCGGACACCUGAAGAGCAUCGGCCUCCUGGACAAAGUAGAAAACAAUCAUGAGAGCGAGAUCAACUUCCUGAUGAGCAUGGCUCUCGACAAGAUCGCCUUCCUGCCUUUCGGAUACCUGAUGGAUCAGUGGAGGUGGAAGGUGUUCGACGGACGCAUCCCUUCAACUGAGUACAACAAAGAAUGGUGGAACCUCAGAAUGAAGUACCAGGGUCUGUGUCCACCUGUGACCCGCACUGAGGAUGACUUUGACCCAGGUGCAAAGUUCCACAUCCCUGCUAAUGUUCCCUAUGUCAGGUACUUUGUGAGCUUCAUCAUCCAGUUUCAGUUCCACAAAGCUCUGUGCAAAGCUGCUGAACAUCAAGGGCCUCUACAUACCUGCGAUAUCUACAAAUCCCAGAAGGCAGGGAAGCUGAUGGGUGAUGUGAUGAAGCUCGGCUUCAGUAAACCUUGGCCCGAGGCGAUGGCCAUGAUCACUGGCGAACCCAAAAUGACCGCCAAGCCGCUCAUGGAGUAUUUCCAGCCUCUCAUUAAAUGGCUUGAAGAGGAGAACAAGAAGAACAACGACGUUCGCGGGUGGCCCGAGUACGACUGGAAACCUUCAAGUGCCGGUACAGGUGAACCUCCAGCUACUAAAGUGGACUUCCUGGGUAUGAGUGUGAACAGCCCAGCUGCCGUAGCGGGCCAGUGGGUCCUGUUAGUCAUUGGCAUUGUCCUCUUGUUGGCUACCAUCCUUUUGGCCUACAAAUACAGGAAAUCAAAAAAGCCUGAAAAGUCCAUUUCCAUGUCGGAGCUCAGGCAUAAGGACUAGUGGACGGUGACGGCUAACUGUAGCUAACUGUAGCUAACCCAGUGCCAACUUCAAUGUGAACAUCAGUGUUUGUGUGUACUGUACAUCUGAUUCAAUCUGCCCUUCUUUUUUUGGUCUGCCUCCUUAUCUAGUCUUGUAUAUUUAUUGUAUACACUCUGAGUCAAAUUAUUUUUGCCUAUGCAAAAGAUUAUUACACUUUUGUAAUUUAUUUGCAAUAUUUGAAUGUUUAGGGAGGAAAUGUUGUAAAUGAAUGUUUGUAAAGUCAUUAAUUGUGUCAAGAAUCUUUGAAUAUUUGAUUUAUUUUGCAUCUUUUGUUGGAUCCUCUGCAUUUCUACAAUAAAGACAUUAAACAUG